AUGGUCGAUUCUGGCUGGGGCAAUGCUGAAGAUUCGGCUGAUGGCUUGGAGGUUGCAGAACCAGGUGUUCUAGUGGGAGGUUCGUCUGCUUCGGGCUACGCAGGAUCGCCAGUGCAAGAGGCGCCGGCGCCAGUGGAUCCCGAAGUGCACGCGGUUGCAGCCAGAGAGCUGGAACCGCAGUCCUACGAGGCUGCGUGGCCAGCAUGGAUGCACCGAAGUCGAAUGCGAGGGUAA